GGGACUAUCAUGGUUGUAUGUUGCGCAAACUGAUGAAAUUGGGAACUGCUGGGAUUUUUUGCAAGUAUGCGGUUAGCUAGUUAGCAAGGUAACGGGUUAGUUCGCUAACGGUCUACCAUUUAAAUAGUUUGUCACCGCGAUGCGGCGCGGCGAGCCGGUGCCUCGAGCCUUCCAGGCUCCCGUUGACGUGCACGCUAGCGCGGACGGGCAGGUGUACCUGUUCCGGGGCGGGCACGAAGACUUCGGGGACUCUUCGGAGGAGGAGUUCAGCAUGACUGAACUCAGGCCUAGGAGUCGGGAGUCGGGCUCGCAGGAGCGCGACAGGACAGGGGACCUGUUGCUUCUGGAGCGGGAUGUCGCCCAUGGGGACAACUUGAACAAGCUGGCGCUUCAGUAUGGCUGCAAGGUGGCCGACCUCAAGCGGGUUAACAACCUGAUCCAGGAACAGGACCUGUACGCGCUCAAGUCCAUAAAGAUCCCGGUGAAAAAGCACAGCUUUCUGACCGAGCGGGGCCAGCCUGCCGCGCCGCCAGAAGCAGAACCGGGCCCCUCCUCCGGAGCUCCGCCCCCGCCCCCGCCCGCUCUCCGCCCUCUGACCCCAAACGGCUCCCUCAAACCCCGCCUCCAGGAGUACACGGACUUCCUGAAAGGGGUGGACCAGGACAUCGAGAUGCUGAUCCAGAGCACGGAGGCCCAGGACGAGGUUCCGUCGGGAGGCCGGGAGGGCCCUCAGCGGGGGGCGGGCGGCAGGAGGCCCAGCGGCUACGGGGCUGACUGGGGCAUCCAGUGGUGGAACGCUGUGGUGGUCAUGCUCCUGGUGGGGAUCAUCCUGCCCCUGUUCUACAUCAUCUACUACAAGACGCAAGACGGUGGGUCUUCGGCCGCCAACGGGGGCCUGGCGGGCGACCUCAACUCUACCUCAGACCCCGAGCGGUCGAACUUGAGCGCCCUGACGCACAGCGGGGGCCAGCCUCACGUGCCGGACAGGCCCCUGUUGUAGCUCCGAGGGGAGGCGGGAGGGCCGCGGCGGUGGAGACGAAACUAGCAUUCUGCGACGGUACCACAUUUUUAUUUAACCACGUUUUAACGGUUAAUCGACAAGACGGGCAAGAUGAGCUGCCAAGGACAAUGGUUGGGUUGGUAGCUUAAGAACCCCCACUCUCCAGGCAGGGCACGGGACAAACUUUGUUAUUUGACGUUCCCGGUUGUCUCCCCCUAUCUCUGACGGUGGUCCUGCCUCAAGUGCUUGUAACUUCUUCAUUUUGGAAAGAAAUCAAGUGUUGCCAGCAUUUUAACUUUUUUGUUUUGUGUACACUCCAGAAAUGAAUUAAUCAAUGGUUAAAUAAUUAUUAUUAAUAUUUUUUUUAAGAGGUAUGCUUUGUGUAAGAGGUUAUUUAGGUCGGAGUGUAAUACCAACAGUGCCAAUUCAUCAACACUCAACUUUUUCAACUGGUUUUCAGAAGGCUUGCCAGGAUUAGAGGUUUAUUAUCUAAACAUGGAAGAAAUAACAAAGGAAUCACAAUAACACAAACACUCUUUUAAUAUUUUUCACAAGUAUAAUUUUAGUGAUCUAUACAUAACCUUCCUUGUAGCCGUAUACUUCAACAAGCUCAGCCAAUCAGGGUUCCUUAUAGGUUCCUCAGGAAUAUGAAGUACCUAGACCAGCGCUACUCAAUUCCACAUCCUGCGGGCUGCACAGUCUGCAGGUAUUUGCUCCUACCGUGCGCUACACUGCCUGAUUUCACUAACUAUUUUACCUGCAUGGUUCAGAUAAUAAGCUACUGUAGUUAGUGAAAUCAGGUUGUGUAGCACACGGUUGAAGCAAACGCCUGCUAAUAUAGCAGGGUUCUUCCCAGAAUUUUAAAACCGUGUGGUGCUCCGGUCCUUGUGUGUUCAAAGCAGACUCCCCAGCAAACAGUUGGGGUGAGGGGAGGGGGUGGUUGGUAAUGUUGGUCAUCAAGCUUUUGCUUAAUUUCUAACAUUUAUAAAAGUUACUUGAAAUAUUAUGAAAUAUGUGAAAAGUCCAGACUGGGCUUAAUGGCUGAUCAGUAGGGGUAACGGUGCACAAAAAUCUUUGUUCGGUACGACUUCAGGGUUCGGUGCAUCUUCAGUAGAGCAAAAAAUAAAAACGCUUUUCAUUAUGAAAAUGUGAACAGUGGCUGACUGGCCAUCAGCUCAUGCUGAACAAAAUGAUGGCACAUCAUCACUAAGCAGCACUAAAAAUGAGUUGCAUUAAUUUAUUGCAAAAAAAAAAAGUUAGGCGUGUGUUAAAACUGUUAUUGUUCCGUUAGCUGCGUGCGCCUAAUCGAAAGUUCGGAACUGAAGGGAAGAGGUAUUUCUUAUCGCCUCGACAAAGUAAACGAUGAUGCUUUUACGAUUAGACGUGUGUUUUUGCUUCCUCUGUUUCACAGAAGCUACGGCUCUCUGGCUGACCAGCAGUGACAUGCAGGUGACACAGGCUACUGAUUUCGCUACACAGUGGUGCAAGUAAGGGCACAGCGUGGAGCAUCACCACGUUCUUCGGGGAGAACCCUGUAUGGGGUUAGGACGAUCUGUGACGCAUCCUUGCUCAAAGCGCAACAAAUCAUGUCCACGUAUUUCUAGUGUAUGGGACUACUGUUUUGGCAACACUAAGUGAAUGUCAGUCUUCUCUAUUUUUGUAACUGGGACAUACGAGGAAGCAAGAGAUUGCAAAUGAGGAAUUAUUCAAGCGGAAGCGGUAAAUGGUUCACUGGGAGAGAAAGCAGUAGUGGUCAUUUGAACCUGCUAAACUACUGAACAGUGACCACGUUUACUUGCACGUCAUUAUUCUGAUCUUAUUCAGAAAACUCAAGUAUUUUGGCUAAGAUACAGCCCAUAUAAACACCGUUUUCCAAAACAACUUAUUCUAUAUAUGCAAAAUUUGAAUAACUUUGGCUGCAUGUGCAUCUAAUCAUCUGCAAAUGGAAAGAAUGUAAUUACCUUAUUCCAUUUACAACUUUUAAACAUGGUUUGUACAUGUAUGCAAUGUGAGGUGUCUUGGGAGUUGAAGUCAGCCAGAUACUGUAGUUUAUCAUUUGUCUUGGCAAGCACAAAUCAUUUGUCACUCCUUUGCCUAAAUCUUAAUUUCUGUUUUCACAGAAUUAAAAUCUUGAAAUGCACAGAUUGUGGAAAAUGUCAAUGUGGUGAUAUUUCUGAAUACAGCAAGCACAAGCAAAAGGUUAAGUCGAACCACAGAACAGUGUAGACAGUUCGGAAGACAAUGUAAUCAACGUAUUUUAUAGGGCUGUUAACGUGUGAUUCAUUUCAAUAGAAAUGCAUUAAUUACAGUUAAGCAUAAGAUUGUAGACAAGGAAAUCCGGUCAUAGACAUAGGGCUAGCCACAGCCAAAAUAAGAAAACGCAAUUAAUUGCAUGAGCUUACGUGUUAACACUGACGGCCCUAAUUUUAAGGGGGAAACAAAACGUGACAAACCAGCUAUUCACACCCAGCAAAUAUGAAACACUUCAGACAACAUUUAGAAUGUCUUUAGCACUAACCAAGGGAUUUAAAUUGAAUCUUCAGCUAACCGUGUAUAAAGGAAUAAGAUUGGGUUAUUCCUUUUAUGAUGCAUGCAAGUGGGAUAACUUCACUAUGACCCUAAUUAGAAUAAAGAUAAUUAUUCAGAACAUGCUCUGCAGAUAAACAUGAUCAGUAGUAGACUGCUGUUACUUAAAAUGCCUUAAUUGUGUCGUUCUAUUUGGGGGAGUAGUCCUAUAGUAUUCAAAAAUUUGAUGUGCGGUCAUCGUUUCUUUGUGUGGCAUGAGUAGCUUGUGAAAACUAUGCGCUCAUGUUGUUCAAUUGUGCCAAGAGUUGUGUGUCUUUCUUAAAUUGUUAUCUGUCAUAUCUUGAUUAUCAACCUGAUGGUAAAUCUAAAAAAGAUAUAUGCUGCAAAAUAAAUGUUACCUUACUUUCCCAUUGAAACUGAAAGGAAGAAAAAUCUAAUCUUGGCAAUCCUUUUUAUUAGCUACUAUGAAUGUUCUGAUCAAAGUGUUGUUUACAUAAAUGGUAAGGCCCUCAAUUAUUUUGUGCCCAGUUUUUUUGUUUUCAGUUGUAAAUGUAACUUAUUUGAGAAAGCACUGCCACUUUGAAUUGUAUAGGAAAUAUCAGCUGACUUGCAGAAUGAUCAACGCAGAAUGUUGACUUUUAAAUCAGUUGUUAUAUAGGCUGUCAUAGCUCAAAUAACAGUCUUUAAUUUAAUAAAACAUGCAAUAUUAGCCCCCUGAAUUUCUGUAAUUUUAGUACGGAACAUUUGUCGACAUUUCAACUUGACAGAAGCAAACUAAAUCAAAUCUAUUUCAUUACUAUCAGAUGUAUGUAUUUUUGUAAAGCUAUGACAUGGUAUAUAAACAAAUUGGGUGCAACAGAGUUUCCACUAUGACGAAUCGGAUAAAGAAUAUAAUUUGAAAACCUCAGGAAUCUAAAUUGAAAACAGGUUUUAGUUCCAUUUCAUUUAUGCUGUCAAGUAAAUAUACAUAAAUCGCUUCACAUUUUUCUGUGCGGACUAUUAGGUACUACUGGAUUUGUGUUACUGUCAGGGUGCCUAUGAGUAGCCUUUUUGAAUAUAUUCUGAAAUGUACUCCUUACAAAUGACAGAAGUGCAGUUUAUUUAAAGGUGCAUUAAUGAAGUCUUCAUGUUCAACCAGAGCUGCUUUUAUUCAUUGGAGUGCACCUGGUUUAACAUUGAUUUUGUUAUUCUAUAGUUUUUAUGUAGACUGAAAGUUGUCUAGUGUGAAUAUUGGGAAAAAUGAACAGUAAUACUGUGGAUAUAAGAAUUCACCCACAUAGUGGGGUAACGAUGGGAAAUUAUUUUAAUUGAGCCGCAAGUAUUAGUCAUGGCAUACAGUACAUACCCAAUAUAGUCUAGUGCAUUGCACAGUAAAAGCACUGCUUCAACUGUUGCUUUAAGGGUUGUUUGGUAAAUUCUUAAUCAAGGUUUUCAUAUUGUCCCUACUAGUGUAAUUUAACUGUACUGUGCUUUACAUUCACAGGAAGUUAAGUUCUCUGUGUAUGUUUGUUUAAAGCUUGACUUAAUGUCAUCAGCCAUUUCAUUUAAUAAUUUUAAUGUAUUUUUUAAAAAGAUUUUACUUGUUUUAAUUUGUAACAAUCUUAAUGGCAUGCAAAUUAAAAUGUCAGCAUUGACCAGUGGUCGUGUUAAAACAGGAUUUUGUAUUUGUAAAGAGCCAAAAUACAAAAUAUUUUUUUAAUCUUACAAUGGCUGAAGAACCAAACUUGAACCACCACAAAAUAAUUACUCUUUGAGCCAGUCAUCUUUUGGCAUUUUGAUAUUGGUGUUGCUUAUUGAUCAGCAUAUUUACACAGCUGUUGGUAGCAUUGCAAGAUUCAAGGAGAAAGUGUGUCAUUUGAAUGAAAAGUCAAACAAGAUGCUGUGCUUGCUCAACAUGAGCAAAUAAGUAAAAAUUAAGGCAAAACAUUAUUUGUACUUUCAUCCUGCUUCUAUUGCAAUUGUCAUAAUACAAUCACGAACAACAUACUUGUGUUAAUAGGCAUAUUAUGGUAAAAUUUGUUGAUUUUGAAAUGUCCUGCGUUCCAAAGAUUUAAUUUAACAGCGUGACCACUGAUUGACAAAAUUUUGAAAGAUGAAGCUGUCCAGCUAGCACCAGAUCUCAGGUCUGUUGACAUCAGUUCUGUCUUUUCCCAGAAUGCCAGAAUUGACUGCAGGGUGUCAUGAUGAUGAGUGAAGGUAUCUCUGCCAAAAGGAGGGUAGUCACUUCAAAAAAGCCUUACUGACCAGCCUUUGCUUUUGUUUUCUGGAUGACAUGUUUGUGAAAUGAAAGCUGUGAGCUUUGGCGGUAGGGCCUACCAUUUUGGAAAGCCCGGUGUUGCAGUGCGUUUUCCUGAAUCUCUAUGCCAUGUAAGAAUACCUGGAAUCUCUCAAAUGUUCAGCUGACUUCAAUUACUUUUUGUCCCUGUAUUUUCUUGAAACUUACUAUUUUCAAUAAAAGCAUAACAAAUGCUUUAACACUG